ACGUAGAAACGAAUGAUUACUAGAGGUGGAAACCUAGAACAAAUACUAGUUGGUUGUACUCACUAGAAGCAUACCUCAACGCUGCUUCAACUUCAACAAGUGUGCGUGGUAAUCAGCGUCAGAACGGACUCGAAUAGUGAGCAGUGGAGCAGAGACAGUAGCGAGGCGUGAAACGCGCUGCGUUUUUCAAGGCGCGAGCAGCGAAGCGAGUAGCGUCAUUCAAAGCGUGAGCAGGAGCAGCAGCAGGGGCAGCAGCAGCGGCAGCAACAGGAGCGGCAGCAGCGGCAGCAGCAGCAGCAGCAGGAGCAGCAGCAGCAGCAGCAUCAGGAGCAGCGGCGAUGGCGGCGACGGCGACGGAGGACGUGACGGUGAAGGAGCCGCUGGAUCUGAUUCGAUUGAGCCUCGACGAGCGCAUCUACGUCAAGCUGCGCGGCGAGCGGGAGAUACGCGGGCGACUGCACGCGUACGACCAGCACCUGAACAUGAUACUGGGCGAGGCGGAGGAGGUGGUUACCACGGUGGAGAUAGAUGAUGAGACAUACGAGGAGAUCGUUAAGACAUCAAGGCGCAACAUUCCCUUCAUCUUCGUGAGGGGAGAUGGGGUCAUCCUCGUGUCGCCUCCCCUCCGCACAUAGCUUCAGUUAUCCUGAUUCAGUGUAUCAUAUAUUUGCAAAUCUUAUUGUGUGCAUAGCUUUAGAGAAAAUCCUUUGUUAUGGUUGAUGACGUCUUUCGCGUCGGCAUUUUGGACGUACUUUUUUUUGGGUUGUGGAGCAACCUAUUACGAUCAAUUGGACGAGAUUUUUUUUCAAGUUUACUUAACAAAUUUGUGAAAAAAACUAUUAUA